AUGGAGAACCGCCCAGCUUCCGCGAAGCCCGCGACCACCACAGCCUCGACCCCAUCGCAGUCGUCGACGCCCGACGUCAAGUCCCCCGCGACCCGGCCUCUUUAUAGCAGCAAGCUGGGAGACCAGCAACGAGCCAGGACAUCGGACGCAGUGCCGGCUACUUCCAGCCAGCAGAACAGACAGUCUGCCCCUCCCGUCCAGCAAAAGGCCUGGACUUCGGCCAAGAACCCCAUCACCGGCCAGUCCGCCAGACCGCAGAACAACUUCAGCGCACAGGAUAAGAAACCUGUGACCAGCUCCCUUCGCGAGGGCCAACGAGUACGCAUUACCCUCGCUAACGGCUCCGAGUUCGAGGAAGAAGCUGCCCAACUCGGCCGAAAUGAACGGAGCUCUAGAAAGGAGCAAGGAACCAUGACGUUCCAGAAGAAGGAGAUCAUGGACGCGCGUCCUAUCCUGAUCAACAACCUGGGCAAAUCCGACAGCAAGCCUGCCAACGGCAAUCGCUCGUCUUUCCGUACCGAUGCCGCCAUCUCCAACUCUCGCUUCCAAGAGAGAACUCUGCAACGCUGGGUGCCCGAUUCUACCGAUGGGCUUGAUGAUAGCUUGGAGAAGACCAACGCUUCCGGUCAAUGGGAUCAGUUCGCUGCGAAUGAGCGCCUCUUCGGUCUCAGGACUGACUACGACGAAAACAUCUAUACCACGACAAUCGACAAGAGCCACCCCCAAUACAAGGAGAGGAUGGCCGCUGCGGAGCGCAAGGCCCGUGAGAUUGAGCGCAGUGCUCCCGUCACCGCACACGUGGCUGAGGAGCGUGUCAUGGACUUCCAGGGCGGAGAUGAUCGUGACGAGGAAGACAAGUACAGUGGUGUUCGGAGACAAGAUUUCCCUCCCCUGUCUGGCGGCCGAGAGAACAAGUACACGCCUCCUGCCCGGCGUGCUCCUGCCGCGCACUCUACCGUCAAGGGCGCUCCUGUAGACCCGGCUAUCAUCUCGUCUCAGUUGAAGGCACCCCCGCAGAAGCAACCUGCACAGACUGUUCCUGAUGUUAAGAGCUCCGUCCAAUCGACCAAGACAUCGCCCGCUCCUGCCAGCACCCCCGCGGACUCCAAGGUCGACUCUAAGCCGGAUGUGAAGACAGCUGAAGUCAAGGCUGUUGACGCAAAGGCUACUGACAAGAGUGCCGCUCCGGCUCAGGCCGCGGCUAGUACCAAGGCACUUGCAACUGCACAGACCCUUAGCACCAAGCAGCAGGGAAUUGAACAGAGACUCCUAAACUCGUUCAAGGAAUUUGCGAACGCUCAGCGUGGCAGUGCCUUGAAUGCCCAGAGAGCCAAGAACAAGGCAGACAAGGAUGUCAGGUUGAACGACCUCAGAAAGUUCUAUAACGAGUUCAAGCUCUCAACCCCGGUGCCAUCUGACCUUAUCUCUAUCAUUGCCAAGGAUCCAGCAAAGCAGAAGGAGAUCCAGGAGAAGGCGUUGAAGAACGCCCAGGAAAUGGCCAAGAUCAAGGCUGAGCAGGCUGCUCUCAAGGCGAAGGAGGCCAGUGCCGUCAAGGAGGGUGCAAGCAAGACCGCUACCGAGCAAACCAGCUCGACAACCACCGCCACGGCCGAUUCCCGUAACGCGUCGCGCCCGACUGCCCCUCAGCACUCUAGUUCAGCUGGCGGCGUUCCGAGCCGUCACCAGGGUCAGCGCAACUCUUACCAGCAUCCUCAAGCGGCUUAUCACCAGCAGCCAUACACCCGCGGAAACCGUCCGCCUCCUCACAUGUCCCAGAGCCAGCAGACAGGCAACCUGUCUCAGCGCCUCCGAAAUGUUGAGCAGCACAAGAUGCAGCAUCCCCAUAUGGGCCAGCAUCCCCAGGGUCCUGAUAUGCGUCUUGCGCCCACCGGCCCUGCCAACAAUGGAGACCCUUCCUUUGCUCGUCGCACCAGUGGUGUCCCACCGCCUGCUAAGCAGUUCAACCCUCUGAUCCAUGAGUUCAGACCUGGCGCUACCCCCUUCGCCCCUGCCUUUAGUCCUGCGGGCCCUAGCCAGGGUUCGAGCCCCCGCGCCUCGGUCAACAACGUUGUUGUCGAGCCUGUGGGCGCUUCAGCCCUUCCUCCUGGAAAGCUGAUCAGGCGUAAGACCAAGGACGUGGACCCUAAGAAGUGCAAUAUCUUGGCCUUCUUGGAAAAGGAAGAGAAGCCUACUAUGCAGAAUCAUGCUACGAGAUGGGAGGAGAACGGUUCCCUUCGCCCAGCCUAUGAGACCGCUCCAACUUGGCGCCAGUCCGAUCCUCAGAACGAGAAGCCCGACUCUACGAUGAACAUGACUUACACCGAGUACAUAGAGAGAAACCCGGUCCCGAGCACCGUCAAUGCCACGCCCAACCCGUCUCAUGCCCUUCCUCAGUUUCACCAUCAGCACCAGCUGCCCAUCCACAUGCAGCAUGGCGCACAGAAUCUUGCCCCGAGGCAGUCGCCUCACAUGCCGCCUAUGCCGAUGCAGCCAGGCCAACAUGGACAUGCCCCUCAUGUCCCCUUCACAGCUCCUGACGAUCAUCGGAUGAUGCACUCAAACUCCCAACAGUCGUUCGCGUCGCCUAGGAUGGGACAUGCGGCCAUGGUCUAUCCCCAGGGCACUCCUGGUCAGUUCCAGUACAGCCAGCCUAUGAUGCAGCCGUACAUGCCUGGCGGUGCGCCUCAGAUGGGACCGUUCCGCAGCUUUUCGAACAAUCCCCAGUUCAUGCCCCAGCAGCAACACCACAUGGGCGGUCCUGUUAUGAUGCAGCCGCAGUUCAUCCCAGGGCCCAAUGGCCAAUUGAUGGCAGCCGGUCCUCAGGUCCAGAUGUAUCCUGGACAUCCCCAGUUCAUCCCGGCUGGCGGUGUACCCCCUCAGCCCAUGAACGGCACGAACGGAUACCCUAGCCCGGGCCGCCCAUCGGCGCCCAUGAUGGUGCACCAGGGCUCGCAGCAAGGUCAGCCCGGUGUUUAUGGAAUGAGCCCUGCUGUCCAGUACCAGCAGCCUGCUUUUGUGCCUCAGCAGCAGCCUCAGGGCAAGUUCGCUAACCAGCGGGCUCAAUGA